UCAAAUCCCGCUAUGGCAGGCGCUUCCUUCUGUGCCCGCCCACUGUCCUCUCCUGUCUGUGCAGGGUUUGUUGUUAUCAAGAUGGAGUUCUUGUUGGGGAAUCCGUUUAGCACUCCUGUCGGCCAGUGUAUUGAGAAGGCCACCGAUGGGUCCCUGCAGAAUGAGGACUGGACGCUCAACAUGGAGAUCUGUGACAUUAUUAACGAGACCGAGGAAGGGCCCAAAGACGCCAUUCGUGCCAUCAAGAAGAGGCUGAAUGGCAAUCGAAACUUUCGGGAGGUGAUGCUGGCUCUGACUGUGCUAGAGACUUGUGUGAAGAACUGUGGCCAUCGCUUCCACGUGUUCGUGGCCUCGCGGGACUUCAUCGACGGCAUUCUGGUGAAAAUCAUUUCUCCGAAAAACAACCCUCCUACUAUAGUGCAGGAUAAAGUAUUGGCGCUGAUCCAGGCUUGGGCUGAUGCAUUCAGAAGCAGUCCAGACCUGACUGGAGUCGUCCAAAUUUACGAGGAGCUGAAGAGAAAAGGCGUCGAGUUCCCCAUGGCAGACCUGGACGCUCUUUCACCAAUCCACACGCCGCAGAGAGGAGUCCCAGAGAUUGACCCAGCCUCACAUAAGUACAAAGCUUCUCUCCAGCCCAAGCCAGCAUCCCAGCCACCUCAGACCUCUGCAGCUAGUGUCUUACCUGCUCAGAAUCCAAUAGCAAAUGUGACAGGGCCCGUCAUACCAAAUGCAGAGCAGAUUGCAAGACUGAGAAGUGAGCUGGACAUUGUGCGUGGCAACUGCAAAGUGAUGUCAGAGAUGCUGACAGAGAUUGUGCCAGGGCAAGAGGAUGCCUCUGACCUUGAGCUCCUCCAGGAGCUGAACAGGACAUGUCGGGCCAUGCAGCACAGGAUAGUGGAGCUCAUCUCUCGUGUCUCCAACGAAGAGGUCACAGAGGAACUUCUACAUGUCAACGAUGACCUAAACAACAUCUUUCUUCGCUACGAAAGGUAUGAGAGAUACAGAUCGGGCCGGAAUACACAGAACGGGGUGUUGAACGAGGCUUCAGCGGAGGAUAAUCUGAUAGAUCUGGGCCCGGGAUCCCCAGCCGUCGUCACCCCACGAGCCAGCGCUGCAGUCACUCCCACACCUCCCCCCAGCCUGACUACUGCUGCUGCUGCCCCUUCACUCUCCACACAGCUUGCAGGACUGAAUUUGGAUUCUGAAUCAGUAAGUGGCACUCUGAGUGCACUGUCUGCUCCCAAUCCUCGUGAUGACUUUGACAUGUUUGCCCACACCAGAAGCAGCUCCCUUGCUGAUCAGCGCAAAAACGUGAAAUACGAAGACCCGCAGGCUCUCGGCAGCCUAGCUUCUGCUCUGGAUGUCCGACAACAAAACGCAGCCGGGUUGAGUGUAAAGGGUGAUAACGCAGAGUUGGAGCCCAUAGACAGCUGGCUCAUUACCCAAGGAAUGAUUCCUGUAUCGCAGUCGUCUGUCAUGGAUGACAUUGAGGAGUGGCUCGGUGCUGAUGUGAAAGGUGAUGAGGCUGAGGAUGGAGUGACCAGUGAAGAGUUUGACAAGUUCUUGGAAGCCCGAGCCAAAGUUGCAGAUGCAGCAUCACCGUCACCUCCUAGAAGCGAGCCCUCUGUUCCUGCGAGCGCACCGAGCAGCAGCCGCAAGAAAGCCGAGCGGACUGAGGACAACCUGUUUGCGUUGUAGGUUGCACAUGAACUUGAAGAAAAGCGCCGUUCAUCCCUGUCAGCAUUCCUUUGGAUGCCUGCUGCCUUUCCAUGCUGCUUACUGUCACACGUUUCUUGAUCCAUCAUGGGACUCUCGGUUCAUUUCCACCUCUCCAGCUGCUGGCUGGAGCUGGGCGGCUUCUGUGAUCCGGCUCCUCUUCCAGUCUCAGCAUGCUUUUAUGUGUAACUUCAGGGGCAGAGGGAUGAUCCUUCUUAAAUGAGCAAAUUUCUCCUCAGUGAAGUCAUGUUGUAGUUUAAGUCAUGCCAAGAUUAUAACUUACUUCUGUUUAUUAACAGAAGCCUUGUGGAAUCUAGCUUGGAAAAGUGACAUAAUAUAUCAGAUUUCCCGUGCAAGUUUAGCUAGCAAUCUGAAAUCUGCUGUUCCAUAAAGGUAAUUCUUUCAUUCUUGUGCUCCAAUGCCAUUAUACCACUAAGGGACUCCUAUACUUAAGAGUGACAAAUUAAAUGAAAAACAGACAGUCUUAGGUUUUGGGACUUUUCAGCUUGUAACUUGGCAUACAUUUUAUAGAUUCUAUAUAAAUCUUAAUAGCUGUACUGGCUGAAUGAACAUUAUUCUUGCAAUAUGUAUUCCCUCACAAUUGCAUUUUGAUAAUAGUUGGAGAGCUCUCCAUCACUUCAACAUCUCCCAGGGGUGUUCAGUUCGGUUUAAAUCUGGUGACUAUAAACUCAGUGGCAUACGACUUACAGUACAGACCAAAAGUUUGGACACACCUUCUCAUUCAAAGAGUUUUCUUUAUUUUCAUGACUAUGAAAAUUGUAGAUUCACACUGAAGGCAUCAAAACUAUGAAUUAACACAUGUGGAAUUAUAUACGUACAUAACAAAAAAGUGUGAAACAACUGAAAAUAUGUCAUAUUCUAGGUUCUUCAAAGUAGCCACCUUUUGCUUUGAUUACUGCUUUGCACACUCUUGGCAUUCUCUUGAUGAGCUUCAAGAGGUCGUCACCUGAAUUGGUCUUCCAACAGUCUUGAAGGAGUUCCCAGAGAUGCUUAGCACUUGUUGGCCCUUUUGCCUUCACUCUGCGGUCCAGCUCACCCCAAACCAUCUCGAUUGGGUUCAGGUCAGGUGACUGUGGAGGCCAGGUCAUCUGGCGCAGCACCCCAUCACUCUCCUUCAUGGUCAAAUAGCCCUUACACAGCCUGGAGGUGUGUUUAGGGUCAUUGUCCUGUUGAAAAGGUGGUGUGUCCAAACUUUUGGAAGGUGUGUCCAAACUUUUGGUCUGUACUGUACAUUACUUUCAUGCUCAACAAACCAUUCAGUGUAUUUUUGUUCCCUGUGGAUGGGAUCAUCCUAUAAGAGACCACUCCCAUCAUGAUAGAAAUGUUUUAGAGGAUAAAGAUGAUCAGACAGUUAACGUUGUAUUGAUUUGCAGUGACACUUUCCACUAAUAGCGCUUUUCCACUAAGCAAAUCACUCUCAGUGCACGUUGUUGCUAUUUCCACCAAGACAUGAGCGCAGCUGAAAUAGUGCUGAGCACUGAUUGCUAAAACAGUCGAACAGCAGUUAGUGAUCAAUGUCUCUGGAAAGUAUCUUCAGUACGUGGCUAAUAGAGAAUGCCAAAAUGUGUUUUGGUCUGUGGGUGAUUAAUUAAAAGCUUGUUUCUCUGUUAAUUAGAGAGCUAAGUGUUGCUUUUGGUAAAAUAAAUUCACUCCGGCUUCUUAUUUUGAGAGAGAAACAGAAAUCAAAGAUUCAUAGUUUUAUUUACUUUUGCUCUUUUCCAUAAUUUAAGUAGUAUUUUUAUGUUAGCCUUUUGAUAUCCUAUACAGAAAUUCUUCUUACUCUCAUGAGUAUAGUUACAUGAUGGAAAUUCUCAGCCAGGAGACGAAUAGUCAGGAUAGUAUUUAUUUAGAGUAUAGACCAAAAGUUUGGACACACCUUCUCAUUCAAAAAGUUUUCUUUAUUUUCAUGACUAUGAAAAUUGUAGAUU